CGACCCACCUCUCCCGCGCCGUCCUCGUCAAGGCGCCACGGUACAGCCAUGCCGGGCCGCCUGAUGCGGGGCCUCUGGCAGCGAUGGCGCCGUUACAGGUACCGCUUCGUACCCUGGAUCGCGCUGAACCUAAGCCACAACCCGAGGACCCUCCGAUAUGUUCCAGAAGAAUCCAAAGACAAAGUUAUCUCAGAUGAAGAUGUCCUAGGAACAUUACUGAAAGUUUUCCAGGCUCUAUUCGUAAAUGAUUUCAGUAAAGAAUCAGAUAUCUUGACUGUGCUUCCAGAACCUGUUAAAUCAAAAUAUCAAGACCUACUGUCAGUUCAGCAUCCAAGGGUGAAACAGCUUGAAUACAGACAUCAGCAGCAAAAUACCUUUACACCAGAAGAAAUUCUUUAUAAGACAUUGGGUUUCAGUGUUGCCCGAGCACCUAGCUCAUUGAUUUCUGCUGGAAAAGGUGUCUUCGUUACUAAAGGAUUGGUACAGAAAGGCGCGGUUGUAUCUAUGUAUCCCGGUACAGUAUAUCAGAAGUACGAGCCAAUCUUCUUCCAGUCCAUUGGAAAUCCAUUUAUUUUUAGAUGCCUAGAUGGAGUACUCAUUGAUGGAAAUGACAAAGGAAUAUCAAAAGUCGUGUAUAGAUCUUGCCAUGGGAGGGAUCGACUUGGCCCUUUAAAAAUGAGUGAUAGUACAUGGCUAACAUCAGAAAUUCAUAAUCCAUUGGCUAUAGGACAGUAUGUGAACAAUUGUUCAAAUGACAGAGCAGCUAAUGUCUGUUAUCAGGAAUUUGAUGUGCCUGCAGUUUUCCCUAUAGAACUGAAGCAGUAUCUUCCAAACAUUGCCUACAGCUAUGACAGACAAAGUCCACUACGAUGUGUUGUUCUUGUUGCACUCAGGGACAUUGAACAAGGAGAAGAGCUUUUUUCAAACUACUAUACAAUUGUCAGCUAGCUCUAUGAAAUUACGUUUACUCCUCAGUUAUUGAGUUAAUUCUAAAUGUUUUUGGUUAAGUUCCACGUGCAGAACAAAUGUUUUAUACCUAAUUGGACUGGGAAUUUUGUGUUUAUUGAUAUUAGUAUUUCAUCAUAAAACCUAUUUGCCUCGUUACAAUUUCAAAUUUGUAAUGCAAUUCCAGUGUUAAUUUGGUUUUCACCUAAGUACACAGUAGCUUACUAAAUUAAAAGCCACCAUCUGAAUUUAUAAUUUCAACUGUUCUUUUGAUUGUCUUUGGUAGUUUAUCAAAUUUUAGCCAAGUCAUCAGCAGUUCUUACAUGUUGAUGUGUACUAACAUCCAUAAAAACUUAUUCAGAAUAAAUCAAGACCAAAAAUA